AUGGGUCUCGGAGUUCUCGAGCCCAAGGGCAAUCAACAGGUGCCUGGCACCACGCGAUAUUACGAUGACCCUGAUCGGCCGCGCAUGGCCGGCGAACACGACGCUCAUCUCAAAACCACCUUCGGUGGCCUCAUUUUGACUCCUCAACCAUCAGAUGACCCCAAUGACCCGUUAAACUGGUCAACUCGAAGACGCGAUCUCAUCACAUUUCUCCUCUGCUGCGCUGGUAUUCUCGCCACCAGUCUCGGCCCCAUCUUGGCCGCCAACACCGUCACCCUCAUCGGCAACAUUGCCCUGACCAUUACCGACGCCGUCGUGCUGACCGGCUACCUUCUCGCCGGUGCCGGCGGUGCCGUCAUUUUCUUCGUCCCCUCUGCGCGUGUCUACGGAAAACGCCAUCUUUUCCUCAUCGGCCUCAUCAUUGUCAUUGCCACCAGCGCGUGGGCCGGCUCGGUGCCCCUCGCGGCCAACACCCCCGAGGAUGCAAAGCGUCACUUCCGAAGCAUGGCUGGUGCUCGUGCCAUUCAGGGAGUCGGAAUUGCCCCCUAUGAGAGUCUUCUCAACGUCGCCAUUGCUGACAUGUACUUUGUUCACGAACGUGGUAUCCGCAUGGCUUUUGCCAACUUGGCCGUCUUUGGCAGCGCCUUCUUUACCCCCAUUGUUGUCGGGAAAAUUACUGCCACCAUUGGCCUCGGUUGGACAUUUUACUUUGUUGCCAUCUUUACUGGUGCGCUACUACCAGCCAUCUUUCUGUUCUGUCCAGAGACCGCCUAUCGACGUGACGCCCGGUUUAACACGGACAUCUACACCGAAGCAGAGGCACUGCACCCACCCUCCUCCGACUCCUCGCAGACAAACGAAAAGGAACAUCACUCUGGCUUCCGCGCCCUGCCCACCAACAAGCUCCAGCCUUGCGGCGACGCCAACACGCCGCGCAAGACGUUUGUGGAAUCCAUGUCCUUGUUUGACGGCCGCAAGACGGAUGACCCGUAUCUGACCCUGCUACUACGCCCUUUCCCGCUUCUCAUUAACCCUGCAUUCGGCUGGGCCUGCUUGAUUCAGGGCACCAUGAUUGCAUGGACCAUCUUCAUGGGUGCUCUGGUUGCAUCCAUCUUCAUCGGCCCUCCCCUCUUCUGGGGUACCGAAAGGUCUGGUUACGGUUAUGCCGGUGCCUUUGUCGGAGCCUUGGGUGGCUUCCUUGUCUGCGGCCUAGUCUCGGAUUUCAGUGCUCGCCGCAUGACUGCGGCUAACAAGGGAGUAUACGAGCCGGAGUUUCGCAUCCUACUUAUUAUCCCCAUGAUCAUUUGCAGUGCUAUUGGUCUUUUUGGUUUCGCUCUCACUGUCGAGGACGUCGCCGCUCAAACGCAGCCCGUCAUCGUUCCCCUGGUAUUUUUCGGAUUCGAAGUUGCCGGCAUGGUCAUUGGAGCUGUCGCCAGUUCACUUUACAUAGUUGAUGCCUACCGUGAUCUCGCCAUUGAGGCAUUCACGCUCACCAUUCUGUUCAAGAACUUCUUCAGCUUCGUCGUCACAUACUAUGCUCUAGACUGGCUCAUCGAAGGUGGUAUUCGCCGUGUUCUUGUCAUCAUUUCUAUCCUUCAGAUGGUCAUCUGCCUGCUCAGUGUUCCCAUGUAUAUUUAUGGCAAGCGAGUUCGAGCCUUUUUCCACCGCCACGACCCCAUUGCCAUGUGCCGCCUUAAGGAACUCGACGCUGUUUUGCGGCGCCCCUUCCGGGGAUCCCCUGCCACGCCUUCUCAGUAG